UUUAGUGCUUCCUCUCUCCCCCUCCCUCUCAGUUUCUCCCUCCUCCCCUCCUCCCCAUCUCCCCUCCUCCCUCCUCCCUUUUUCUCUCUUAAACCCACACCCUGGUGCAGACCUAGACGUGCAGAAACCGGAAGACACUCACAGCCUUGUCUACUUCCAUCUCUUUCCAACCUUGCCCUGGAGGAUUAAAGCACACUGCUGUGUGGAACAAAGCAACUAUGUCUGACAAACCUGACCUGACAGAGAUCACCUGCUUCGACAAGACCAAACUGAAGAAGACUGAGACGAAAGAGAAGAACCCCCUGCCAACCAAAGAGACCAUUGAACAGGAAAGGAAAGGGGACGCGACGCCUUGAUGUGACUUGGUGAAGAGGACGUGAGGAGGAAAACAGGAGAGGCAGAGAUGCCGUCAACAAAAGCACUUUGUUUUGACUGUCUGUCUGUCUCAGUAUUCUACUUGAAGUUACUUUGUAUUGUAUAACAGGGUGCUGUAGGGCCCCGGGAGAUGCAGUAGUGGAGGAGGGUACAUGGGCUGCAUCCCUAAUGUCACCCUAUUCCUUAUAUAGUGCAAUAAUAUUGACCUGGUCCACUAUAUAGGGAAUAUGGUGCCAUUUGGGACACAGAUUGACAUCUUCACAGGGGUCUCUCUAUCAUCAGGGGAAUAUAGUUGUAGCCUGGCUGCCAGGAUGGUUCUGCUUUAAAUAAGUAUUGGGCCAGAAACAACACCUAGCCUUUACUCCCUAGCCUCUAACCCUUUACUCCCUAACCUCUAACCCUUUACUCCCUAACCUCUAACCCUUUACUCCCUAGCCUCUAACCCUUUACUCCCUAGCCUCUAACCCUUUACUCCCUAACCUCUAACCCUUUACUCCCUAACCUCUAACCCUUUACUCCCUAGCCUCUAACCCUUUACUCCCUAGCCUCUAACCCUUUACUCCCUAACCUCUAACCCUUUACUCCCUAGCCUCUAACCCUUUACUCCCUAACCUCUAACCCUUUACUCCCUAGCCUCUAACCCUUUACUCCCUAACCUCUAACCCUUUACUCCCUAGCCUCUAACCCUUUACUCCCUAGCCUCUAACCCUUUACUCCCUAACCUCUAACCCUUUACUCCCUAGCCUCUAACCCUUUACUCCCUAGCCUCUACCCCUUUACUCCCUAGCAUCUAACCCUUUACUCCCUAACCUCUAACCCUUUACUCCCUAACCUCUACCCCUUUACUCCCUAGCCUCUAACCCUUUACUCCCUAACCUCUAACCCUUUACUCCCUAACCUCUAACCCUUUACUCCCUAGCCUCUAACCCUUUACUCCCUAGCCUCUAACCCUUUACUCCCUAGCCUCUAACCCUUUACUCCCUAGCCUCUAACCCUUUACUCCCUAACCUCUACCCCUUUACUCCCUAGCCUCUAACCCUUUACUCCCUAGCCUCUAACCCUUUACUCCCUAGCCUCUAACCCUUUACUCCCUAACCUCUAACCCUUUACUCCCUAGCCUCUAACCCUUUACUCCCUAGCCUCUAACCCUUUACUCCCUAACCUCUAACCCUUUACUCCCUAGCCUCUACCCCCUUACUCCCUAGCCGUUACCCCCUAGUCUCUACCCCCUUACUCCCUAGCACUUACCACCUAGCCUCUAGCCUCUAACCCUUUACUCCCUAGCCUCUACCCCCUUACUCCCUAGCCGUUACCCCCUAGUCUCUACCCCCUUACUCCCUAGCACUUACCACCUAGCCUCUAGCCUCUAACUCUUUACUCCCUAGCCUCUACCCCCUUACUCCCUAGCCGUUACCCCCUAGUCUCUACCCCCUUACUCCCUAGCACUUACCCCCUAGCCUCUACCCCCUAACUCUUACCCCCUAGGCUUCACCAAACCAAGUCAGGCAUCCAGGCUAAGAGAGAUCGGGGAGAGGAAGGUGGGGGGAUUAUGGAGGUAUUUUCAUAAUUCACUUUUUACUUUUCUUUAUGAAAUAAAGACAAAAGGGUGUAAUACAAAACAA